CGAAGUUUUCAUUCUAGAAGCAACGACUUGGCUAGUCAGUCAUAUCCUAUAGUGCCUGCGUUAGUUUGAAUAUGUAGUGCAUCACAGUCAAGUUUUCCUUUCGUGAAAUGGAAUCUCCACGUGCGGAAUUUUACGCAUCUUCUGACACUGGUAGGACGAGAAUGAUUGAUGCAGAAGCUCGUUACACGGAUCUCGAUGAAAAUCUCAACGAAGUGGGCAAGGCUGCUCAUGAACAAUACAAUUUUUCACAACAAGAAAUGCAAGAACCUGAAUUUCUCAAUGAUCUGCAAUACUACGUAUGUGAAGAGCAAAUCUUGGAUAACGCCAAGAUUCGAUUUAGCGAUUGCAUUAGCAUUAUGUCUGCUGUCGCUGAAAAGCUCGUUGAAGUUACCCACAGCGUUUGCAGACAAGAUGACUGCCGAUUCGAUAAAGAAAAUCUGCCAACUAUUUAUGAACAAUACAUUACUGCAGACUUGACUGGGCUUAUGACGAUUUCUUGCUCGCAUUGUGGUCUUGACAAUGCCAAAUACGAAAAAUGCCAGGGCGAGUUAGCUUUGCAAUGUUUAACGUGCCGAGAGAAGUUUUUUCACCGUUUUUGGGCGAUCCGGCACAUCAAUUCUUGUGCCAGCAUCAUCAAGCAGCCAAAAUACAUGUGUGAGUUGUGCGAAACGACAUUUGAACGGAUCGAUGAACUAAGAAGACACCUUCAAGACUGUGCAAGUGAUUGUUUUACAAGUCUUCAGUUGGAGAACAACACGCAUUCAGAGGAAGCAUUAGAUAUGCUCAAUUAUUUUGCCAACUCAUCGGAGAUAUUAAGGAAAAGCGUGAGGGAAUAUGGACAUGAACGUUUUUAUGCGCACUUCUGCGUGGAGUGCCGCGAAUCCAUCAUCGAUGAAACAUCGGUCGACGCAGUAGACUGCGAUGAAUGUAAAGUUAGUUGCCUGCUGCAGUGCAACACGUGCAAAUGUCUACACGAGACUUACGAGUCCAUUAUUGAGCAUUUAAAGGGGAGUUAUUGCGGAUAUAAGAUGCAAUUAGCGGUGGACUCGGAUGCUCAACUUCACGAACAGCAAACUUCCAAGCUAGGAACUUUGCAGCGACAAGACGGUAGCCAAAAGCGUACACAGAAGAAGAAGUUGGACAAAAGAAGUAACCAAAAGAAGACGACGAUGCGACCCUUGGUGAAAGUUUGUUGCCGAAGCUGCGUUAUUUUUAAGAUGACCUAUCGCAAUAGCCCGAUUCAGUGCGAGAGCUGUCGGGCGGAUUUAGUUUACGUCUGCGGAAAAUGUGACCUUGACCUUCCGACACUGAAGGCUCUUAAACAUCAUGAAAAACUGCAUUUUGUAGAUGAUGCCUGUGCGUGCGCCCAGUGCGGCAAAGAGUUCGCCCGGGUGAAAAAUUAUAAGAUGCACAAAGACGAUUGCAAACAGAGUCGACCGUCUGGAGAUGUUUCAAUGCCCAAGGAAAGUGACGCAGGUUAUCACACAGACAUCGUACACAAUCAAGGUUCACGUUUGAAUACAUACGUAGAACCUUAAAACGUUUUUUAAUUGUCUUGAUGACUUAAUUUUUUACUGUAUUUAUUUAUUUAUCGUAAAAUAAAAAUUUUUAACCGCUAAA